GUUUCGGACCCCGAGCCGGGCGCUUCGGCCGACGCUGACAUGGAGCUGCUGCGGACGCUCCUGUCCCGGACCCUGGGGCUCGGAGGGGACAAACCGGAGCCGGUGCUGGACGAGCUGAGCCUGCAGGGCGUGAGCCGCUUCCUGAAGAGUGACCGCUGUAAGAACGUCGUGUGCAUGGUGGGCGCUGGCAUCUCCACCUCCGCUGGGAUCCCGGACUUCCGCUCCCCCGGCACCGGGCUCUACUCCAACCUGCAGAGCUACGACCUCCCCUACCCUGAGGCCAUCUUCGAAAUCGGUUUCUUCAAGAAACACCCGGAGCCCUUUUUCGCCCUUGCCCGUGAGCUCUAUCCAGGGCAGUUCAAGCCCACAGUUUGUCACUACUUCAUGCGGCUGCUGCAGGACAAGGGGCUUUUGCUGCGCUGCUACACCCAGAACAUCGACACUCUGGAGAGGGUGGCAGGGCUGGACCCGGAACUGCUGGUGGAGGCUCACGGCACAUUCUUCACGUCCCACUGCCUGCGGCCCUCGUGCCGCCAGCGCUACGGCCUGGCCUGGAUGAGGGAGCGGAUUUUCUCCUCCCUUGUCCCUAAAUGUGAGAAGUGCCAGGGGCUGGUGAAACCUGACAUUGUGUUUUUUGGGGAGAGCCUCCCCUCUCGCUUCUUCGCCCUCCUGGAGUCCGACUUUGAGAAAGUUGACCUGCUGCUCAUCAUGGGCACCUCGCUGCAGGUGCAGCCCUUUGCCUCCCUUAUCAGCAGGGUCCCCACCAACACCCCCAGACUCCUGAUCAACAAGGAGAAGACGGGGCAGAGUGACCCUCUGAUGUCACUGAUGGGCUUUGGUGGGAUGGACUUUGACUCAGACAAGGCCUACAGGGAUGUGGCCUGGCUGGGGGACUGUAACAGCGGGUGCCUGGCUCUGGCUGAACUGCUGGGCUGGAAGGUACCCCCCUGACACCCACCCCUACCUACAAGUUUUGGGGGUCCCCCUGCCCCCCAGACCCUUCUGGGAUUCCCCUGAACCACCAUGUUUUC